CUUCCAACUCGCUCUUGUUGUCUUAGUUGGUACAUUCAAUAGACCUCAAACAAGUUGAAGGAAACCCCAAGAAAUCUUCUUGUAUCUUCGCCUUUAGAAUUAGUGAAGAAUUUGGAAAUACUUGCAAGGAAAUGUUCAAAAGUUUAGCAUUAUAGAAGUAUUUCAGGGUAUCAAGGGGUAAGUUUAAUACAAUAUUGUACUUACAACAAAAAACGGUCGAACGAGUGAUAAUUCAAAAACUUUAUAUACAACUGACCAAAAUAUAUUCUCUGCCUCUUCGUUUUGUAUCCUUUCGUAACGUCAAAUCAGUCCCUUUCUAAGCAAUUGUAGCAGUCAGCAUAUCUGUUUUAUAAAACACAAACUUUAUCGAAAGGAACACAACGGCAAGGUCUGAACUCUGCUUCGACUCAGGCAAGAAGAGAAUAACUCAGCUAUGGGUUACGUACGAAAAAGUGUCCAAUUAUGGUAUGUUUGAAAGAGACAGUCCUUGAAACUCUCAAGAGUUUGUUAUCAAUUUUGACUAUUGGAGAUUCAUAUGUAACAAGGCUGUAUGUCAAUCAUGGCCAAUUGCGAAGAGAGUCAAUUGAUGCCGCAUCGUUGAAGACCAACAAAGGCUCCAUUUCAAAGUUGAAAGCAAUUUCUUUUUCCAAAAUGUUGUUUUAAAGUUUCCAAGGCAGUCUAGAAAGCUUGCUUCAAAAUUUCUUCUGUAGUAUAUACAGGUUUUGAAACUUUGGAAAUGUGAGUCUUUUUCAGAAAAAGUUCAUUUGCUAUAUCAAUGAAUGCAAAAAUUUGCUGCUAAUUUUUUGUAUGGGUUAUAUAAAUAGAUUCGAAAAAUCGUCUAGUGCUUUACUAGUAGAUCCUUCAGUACGCAGAAAAUACUUUUCCUAAAAUGGAUUAAGGCUAAUACGUUGUGAAUUUCUCAAUUUUUCUUAAUUGAUAUAUAGUAUCAUCUUCAUUUAAUGAUGAGAACCUGAGAACAGCAAGUAAAAAUGUAUAUAUCGUUAAAAAGUAACCAACUUGAAAUUAUGCGGAUCCCUUUAAUAAGCUCUUCUGGUUGGAAAAAAAAAGUAACAGAGUAUUCUCUCUGACAACAAGUAAAAGAAGAUUCAAGACAAGCACGAUUAUAUGUGGCAAUAAGUUGUCAAGUUUUGAAGGAUAUCCAAAAUCCAAUCUAUUUCAUCGUUUUCAAUGGAAAGAUAGUCGAGCUUGAAAGUUUGAAUUCAGCCUCGUUUAUGUCAUCCAAACCAUGCAACUGUGGUCAGAAUUAUAAGUUGUUCAAAAGUUUGAUAUAGUUUUUGACAGUGU